AUGUCGGGCCGCAGAAGGGGAGCAGGGGAGGAGCUGCCGGAGGAGGAGGUGGUGCCAGUGGAGGACGCCGUGAAGAUGCUCGUGAAGCACCUCGUCAAUCUCGCUCUUCCGCGUGGGGCGGUCUUCGGCGCCACCCAGGGCGGGCGCUACGUGGCGCCGGACAAGCAACGCGCCGUCGCGCAGCAGGGAAUCGGGAGCAGCGGCACUAGCGCUGGCUUCAGGGCUGCAUGCGGGCUGAACUUCCUCGCGUCUUGUGCUACAGCCGAGCGCUUCGUCAAGCGCUCGCUUCCUUCUCUCUCCUGCCUUUACUCCCCUUCAGAUCAGAAUUUUGCUGAGGCACCACGUGGUAAUGAUGUAAUGAAGGAUGCUGCUUUGGAACGCCAAAUCAUGGAAGGUGGCGUCGCUGAGAAUAGCAAUGAUCAGAUUCGUGAUUCCAUGCUAGAGAUUCAGAAAAUACGGGAUUCUAUUCUUCGUAAGGAAUUCAUACUUCAAGAUGGAAGUGCUCAAUGUGAUAUGGACAUUCAGAAAAUUAAGACUGAAGAGAAGAUGACAACAGAAGUGUUGUCAAUAAUGGAGAAAUAUAAUGAACCUAACUCAAAUAUAAUGAAAGUUGCCAAUCUAACUUUCUCUGGCGAUGAUGGCAAAACCAAGAGCACUAAGAGGAUGGGAUUGAACUUGAAGGAGGCACUCGCCCAACGCGAUAAAUGCAUGGAGCUUGGUGAGAUCUGUUGUGGUUGUGAUUGGAUGGCCCCUAGAUACACAGUAGUACCGUCACCAGCAGAUGGAAUGCACGUUGGCGAAGUACGUUUGAAAUGCCCUGAUUUUGAGAUGAGCAUCACUGGCGAUCCUCGUCGGACCCCAUAUGAUGCCAGGUGCUUUGCAGCUGCCAAUAUGAUACUGGAGCUUGGCAAGAAGGUGCAGGAAAAAGAACAACAUGAUAACUGAUGCAAAGUUGCUAGCUGGAACUAGUAGGAGCCGGGGUCAAUAUUAGUAAAGGGUGAAAUAAAGCAACUUAGAUGUUUGUUGUUCUGAUGUAUGAAUGGUAUAAUUGUUUGUGUUGUAUGAGUUUGUACUGUAUUGCAUUGUGCAUGUGCGUGCUAUCCAUGUGCUCAAACCGAUUACUUUUACCAUUAUUUUAUUUGAGUUUUCCUUUGUUU